AUGAUCUUUCUCUUCGCUAUUAUCGGAUUUGUUCUUCUCCUCUCCUUGGUUCACUGGAAGAGAACCCCUCGAUAUAUCCCUCCAGGUCCAAUACCCCUCCCUCUGGUUGGCAAUCUUCAUCAGUUCGUUCGUUUAGUUCCAUUGAAGACUUUCCAUGACUGGCAUAAGAAGUAUGGAUCGAUCGUUGGACUCACUCUCGGGCCCAGGACCAUCAUCAUCCUGGGCACUCACGCCAUCAACAAAGAACUCUUAGGUGGCCGAGGCCAAAUCUACAGUUCUCGACCCUAUAUGCCUCUAGUCUCAGACAAUAUGACCGGUGGCCUGAACACGGCCCUGAUUCCAUACGGGGAGAGGUGGAAGACCCAUAACCGCAUCCAUCUCGCGUUGUUGAAUCCUCGAAUGGCCAGGCUAUACGAGGGUCUUGUGGACUUUGAAUCCAGGAGAUUGUUGGAUGGGAUCUGCUCGACUAACGACUUCUCCUCUGUCAUUUACCGCUACACUGCGAGCUUGAUCUUGGCGUUGCAAUACGGCAAGUCUGUCGAUGUGAAUGACCCGAUCGCAAAGGAUUUCAAGGAGAUCACACACAAAUUUGUCAAAGCAAUCGGGGCCAGUAGCUUUCUGUUCGAGUGCUUCCCUAUUCUGCAACGAAUUCCCUCAUCAAUGGCGCCCUGGAUCAAGUCAAGCAACGAGCUGCACCAUGCCACGACAAGUCUGUUCUCUUCCAGCGCAGAGAACGGCCUCUAUUCGAAAGAAUGGAACUGGUCCAAGUACGUGCGGAAUCUGAAAGAUGCACAAGGCAUGCCUGAGGAAGAGCUCUGGUAUCUGAUGGGCAUACUGUACGAAGCCGCAACGGACACCACUGUCGCUAUUCUGCGCUUCUUCGUCAUGGCGUGCGUUUUGCACCCCUGGGCGGUUAAGAAAGCGCAAAGGGAGCUGGAUUCCGUGGUUGGAGACUCCCGAUUGCCUAAGGCAGAAGAUAUGGGGCAGCUACCGUACGUUAGAGCCAUCAUUAACGAGGUCAUUCGGUGGCGUCCUGCGACUCCGGAGGGGAUCCCGCGAGCGACCUCUGCCGACGACGUCUAUCAAGGAUAUCAUAUUCCCAAAGGAGCGACAGUAUUGGUCAACAUGUGGGCCAUGCAUAUGGACCCGGAUGUAUACGAUAACCCUGAAUCAUUCCGUCCUGAACGAUGGAUCGAAAAUCCCAAUUUACCACUGGGGAUCUUCGGAUAUGGCAGGAGAGCUUGUUCGGGGCGUCACUUUGGCCAAAUAUCGCUCAACAUGGUCAUCUCGCGAAUGUUGUGGGCUUUCUCGUUCAAUCAUAGCUAUGAGGAUGGCCGCCGCAUUGAGAUCGAUCCUUGGAAUAUGGAGCAGCACGGGGCCAGUUUGAGACCACUGCCGUUCCCUGCUGAUAUCCAACUUCGGGAUGAGGGCCGCAGAGCGGUUCUUCAGAAGGGCCCUGACGUGGCAAAGAGUGUCGAAGAGCUUUUGGCUCAAGUGGAACAAGAGGUUGCACAGUAG